UUGAAGGAAAAAAAAAAAAGGGUAAAAAAGUUGGCAAGCACUCGGUUUUCCGUAGAAGAGGUGAGCGUCCUCUUGUGACUCGUGAGUCGUGUAAACAGUCCAAAUUGGUUGGAAGCUCAGCAUUACAAGAACGAUUGUGGUAGAGAAAUGGAUGAAAAUAUAGAUUAUUCAGCAUUAGUUUCAAAUGCUUGAAGAAAUGAUGUACGAGGAACAGAAUCACCAGAUAUUCUCAUCACCACUCCUGAUUUAGAGUUUUCACCUCUCUUUGUGUCUCUCCUUUUCAAGAAUCAGCCCUAACCAAUUAUUUCUCAUCAGAUUUUGAAGCGAUUUUCUGUAUUUAGACGUUUGCCUCCCCCUUUUCCCUUGUGCUUUUCUGUUGUGUUCUCCCUAUCCCUGCUUUGCUGUUGCAUUAGCAGAUCCUAUGAUGGUCGAAACAGAACCAGUUCAAGUAAAUUCUGGUCCUAGGAAACCUCGAAUCCUUCUAGCUGCUAGUGGAAGUGUUGCUGCCAUAAAGUUUGCGAAUCUUUGCCAUUGUUUCUCCGAAUGGGCAGAAGUAAAAGCAGUUGCCACAAGGGCUUCUUUACAUUUCAUUGAUAGAGCAUCACUUCCAAAGGACGUAAUUCUUUAUACUGAUGAGGAUGAGUGGUCCAGUUGGAGUAAAAUUGGUGAUAGCGUGCUUCAUAUCGAACUUCGACAGUGGGCUGAUGUCAUGGUAAUCGCCCCAUUGUCAGCUAACACACUUGCAAAGAUUGCUGGGGGCCUGUGUGACAAUCUCUUGACCUGCAUUGUUCGAGCAUGGGAUUAUAGCAAGCCAUUCUUCAUUGCACCUGCCAUGAACACCUUUAUGUGGACCAAUCCUUUCACAGAACGGCAUCUUAUGUCAAUUGAUGAGCUUGGGAUUACUUUGAUCCCACCUAUCACAAAGAGGCUGGCUUGUGGAGAUUAUGGAAAUGGUGCAAUGGCUGAACCUUCUCUAAUAUACUCUAGUGUAAGGCUCUUUUUCGAGUCACGGAAUCAGCCAGGUGAUGCAAGAGUCAGUUGAUUUUGUGUGCACAUAGUGGUAGUUUCGAUAUUGGGACUUGAUAACUCCUUGUAUGAUAUGUAUUCUGUAUCCAGCGCAUUAUAGAACAAUAAGUAUGAACUACAUGUUUCCAACUGGCGUUUAAGCUGCAGCUUGGACUACUAGAGCUAAUGACUUUUUACUGCCGGGGAUUACAGAACCUUAUUAAAUUUCUGGGUGAAGAACAACAUAAAGUUGGGUUGAAGUGGGUUUCAGAA